AUGAACGCUGCAUACGUCCGACAGGCCUUUCGUUCUUCUACGGCUUCACUGUCGUCGAGAACUAUCGGCCGCUCCUCACGAGAUGCGUUGGCAUCUCACGGCCGGCGAAUAGUAAGCAUACGACAGUACUCUGACGACAAGGCUCCUGCAGCGGAGGUGGACGCAGAGAAGGAGGUAGAGACAGAAAUCACGCCGGAGACUGAGUUGCUCAAAACCAUCAAAGCAAAAGAAGCUGAAACCGCGGACCUAAAAAGUCGGUUACAGUACCUGCAAGCGGAUUUUUUGAACUUGCAACGCAAUGCUGCUCGUGAAAAAGAGCAGCAACGUGAUUUCGCUAUCACCCGCUUUGCUGGUGACCUGCUUGAGACCGUAGAUGUUCUCGCACUCGCCCUCAAGUCCGUACCAGAGGAUGCCUUUGCCCAAGCAGACUCUUCAUCCCCAGACUCAUCCGAUUCAUCGUCCAACUCCAAAUCUGUCCAAACCUACCUGAAGGAGUUGCAUCAAGGCGUCGACAUGACCCAUCGCCUUCUCCUCUCCACACUAUUCAAGUAUCACGUCAAACCAUUUGACCCUACCGGUGACAUGUUUGAUCCUAAUCAACACGAAGCAAUGUAUCAAGCUCCAAUACCCGGAAAGGAACCUGGGACUAUAUUAGAGUGCCAGAAAACCGGGUACAUGAUUAAGGAUCGGUUACUGCGGGCGGCGCAAGUCGGUGUUGUGCAAGAUACAUCAUGA